AUGGCUGCCGCUGCUGUUGCCACACCGGGUGCCACCGUGCUCCCAUCCUCAGGACCUGCUGCUCCUCCUGCAGGACCCAAGGCCCCGCCGGCAGCUGGAGCGGCCGGUGGCAAGGGGCCGGGAAAUAUCCUGGAAAUUGCCGGCGAGGCAAACAUAGUUAAUUAUAUGAAGAAUCGCCUGCGAAAGGGCGCCAUGAAGCGCAAGGGUCUGGAGAUGGUCAAUGGCCAUAAGUUUGGAGUGCGCUUCUUCAAGCAACCGACUUAUUGCGGUCACUGCAAGGACUUUAUCUGGGGCUUUGGCAAGCAAGGUUUUCAAUGCGAGGAAUGCCGCUUCAACAUCCACCAAAAGUGCUGUAAGUACGUGGUGUUCAAGUGUCCUGGCAAGGACACGGACUUUGAUGCAGAUUGUGCCAAAGUGAAGCACGGAUGGAUCUCCACCACCUACACCACGCCCACUUUUUGCGACGAGUGUGGACUGCUGCUCCAUGGUGUAGCCCACCAGGGGGUCAAGUGCGAGAAUUGUAACCUGAAUGUGCAUCACACCUGUAAGGAGAUGGUGCCGCCCAUGUGCGGUGCCGACAUAAGUGAAGUCAGGGGCAAGUUACUGCUCUAUGUGGAGCAAGGGAAUAAUCUGAAAGUGGAUAUCAAGGAGGCAGCUAAUCUCAUUCCCAUGGACACUAAUGGCUUCAGUGAUCCCUAUAUUGCUGUCCAGGUGCAUCCGGAUCGUUCGGGACGUACCAAAAAGAAGACGAAGACCAUCCAAAAGAAUCUCAAUCCGGUUUUCAAUGAGACAUUAACCUUUGAACUGCAGCCCCAAGAUCGUGAAAAGCGUCUUCUAAUUGAGGUCUGGGACUGGGAUCGUACCUCUCGCAACGAUUUCAUGGGCUCCUUUUCGUUCAGCAUGGAAGAGUUACAGAAGGAGCCUAUCGAUGGUUGGUACAAGUUCCUCUCCCAAGUGGAGGGCGAGCACUACAAUAUUCCCUGUGUGGAUGCCAUCAAUGAUAUGGCCCGACUACGCGAUGAAGUUAGGCACGAUCGUCGGCCGAAUGACAAGCGUCGCAUGGACAACAAGGACAUGCCGCAUAAUAUGAGCAAACGGGAUAUGAUCCGUGCUGCUGACUUUAACUUUGUCAAGGUAAUUGGCAAGGGAUCCUUUGGCAAGGUUCUGCUGGCCGAACGUCGUGGCACUGAUGAACUGUAUGCGGUGAAGGUAUUGCGCAAGGAUGUCAUCAUACAAACGGAUGACAUGGAGCUGCCCAUGAAUGAGAAAAGGAUUUUGGCAUUGUCAGGUCGUCCUCCAUUCCUCGUUUCCAUGCACUCCUGUUUCCAGACCAUGGAUCGUUUAUUCUUUGUUAUGGAGUACUGCAAGGGCGGUGAUCUUAUGUAUCAUAUGCAGCAAUAUGGAAGGUUCAAGGAGUCGGUUGCCAUUUUCUAUGCCGUAGAGGUGGCCAUUGCCUUGUUCUUCCUGCAUGAAAGGGACAUCAUCUAUAGGGAUUUGAAGCUGGAUAAUAUUCUCUUGGAUGGUGAGGGUCAUGUGAAGCUGGUUGAUUUUGCUAGCAAGGAGGGUGUGACCGAGCGUCAAUCCACGCGCACUUUCUGUGGCACUCCAAGUUACAUGGCACCGGAGAUUGUUAGCUAUGACCCUUACUCCACCACAGCUGAUUGGUGGUCUUAUGGGGUAUUGCUCUUUGAAUUCAUGGCUGGACAAGCGCCCUUUGAGGGCGAUGAUGAGACCACAAUUUUCAGGAAUAUCAAAGAAAAGAAAGCCGUGUUUCCCAAGCAUUUUAGUCAAGAGGCCAUGGAUAUUAUAACCAGUUUCCUGGCCAAAAAGCCAAACAAUCGCUUGGGCGCUGGUCGCUAUGCCAGACAGGAGAUAACCACGCAUCCUUUCUUCCGGAAUAUUGAUUGGGAUAAGGCCGAGGCUGGUGAAAUGGAGCCACCAAUAAGACCCAAGAUUAAACAUCGCAAGGACAUUUGCAACUUUGAUGAGGCAUUCACCAAGGAGAAAACGGAUUUAACCCCCACUGACAAGCUUUUUAUGAUGAAUCUGGACCAGAACGAUUUUAUAGGAUUCUCGUUUAUGAAUCCUGAGUUUAUAACCAUUAUCUAAAAUGUGGGCUAAGAGAGCUUUCAAGGAUAUUCAAGCUAAAAGUUGCCUUAUACAACUUGAUAUACUUUGUCCUGUGCUUAAACCUUGAUAAACUUGAUGGAAAAGCUUGUAAA